AUGGGGUGCAUUCACAGCACGAGCACUGGCAGGAUGAAGAACCAUGGACUUGGUACUGACGCAGGAGGAAUCCCCAUAAAGGCAGACCCUGAGGUACAUCCUGAAAUCCUUCAACUUGCUGAGCUCACCAAGACUGGGAGCCACGCCUUCACAGAGAAGAGCUUCAAGAGGAGACGGGUGUGUGAUGUGUGCAAGCAGAACAUUGACAACCCCGGGGCUUUCUGCAAGGAGUGCAAGGUUGCAGUUCACAAGACAUGUGAAGCCAAGGUGACUCCCACCUGCACCUCAACUACAGAUCUUAACGGUUCCAUUAAAUCUACAUCACAGAAGAAAAGAGGCUCAAUACCAAGGAGUAAAAGUGUGGAACAAGUGAUGGAGCAUGUGAUGGAGCACCACUACGACUUCGACCUCACCUACAUCACAGAGAGGAUCAUCUCAGUCUUCUUCCUGCCAGACCUGGAGGAGCCGCGGUACCACAGAAACCUACAGGAAGUGGCCUCCAUGCUGAAAUCCAAGCACCAGGACCAGUUUCUGCUACUGAAUUUAUCAGAGAGGAGACAUGACAUCACCAGACUUAAUCAAAAGGUGCAGGACUACGGCUGGCCUGAUCUUCAUGCCCCACCCUUGGACAGGAUCUGUGCCAUCUGUAAGGCCAUGGAGACUUGGCUGACCUCUGACCCCAGCAACGUAGUGGUCCUCCACUGCAAGGGACACAAAGGGAAGACGGGGGUCAUUGUGGCAGCCUACAUGCACUACAGCAAGAUAUCCGCUGGAGCGGACCAGGCUCUCACCACACUGGCCAUGAGGAAGUUCUGUGAGGACAAAGUCUCGUCGUCCCUGCAGCCCUCUCAGAACAGGUACAUCUACUACUUUGGCGGUCUGCUGUCAGGUACCAUCAAAAUGAACAGCAGUCCUCUGUUCCUCCACCAGAUCCUCAUUCCCUCUCUACCAAACUUCCAGACUGGAGGAGGUUUCUAUCCGUUCCUGAAAAUUUAUCAGUCUCUUCAGCUGGUCUACACCUCAGGCGUCUAUGAUCCCCAGAGCUCCAGGGCGAGGAAGCUGUGUGUGACUAUGGAGCCAGCACUAUUAUUAAAGGGGGACAUAAUGGUGAAGUGCUACCACCGGCGGAGUCGAGCAGCAGAGAGGGAGGUGGUCUUCAGAGUCCAGUUUCACACCUGUACUGUUCACGGGGCCCAGCUGUGGUUUGGCAAGACUGAACUGGACCUGGCCUGCACAGAUGACAGGUUCCCUCCUGAUGCUACAGUCGAGUUUAUCUUCUCCAAUGGGCCAGAAAAAAUGAAAGGUCGAGAAUAUCGUAAGAAUGAUGCCUCUAUCAAAGUGGACUUUGACACCUCAGACCCUGUGGUCAGAUGGGAUUCUUAUGAGAACUUCAACCUGCACCACCAAGACAGCAUGGAAAAUAUCUCUCAUACGAGGGGCCCACUGGACGGCAGUCUAUACGCACAGGUGAGGAAGCGACGUGGGCCGGGCUCAACUGCCUCAGCAGCCUCUCCCAAUGGAUGCCUCACUAGCAGCCCAACAGUGAAGCCCCAAACUCCCAGCCAGCCCCAGCCCCCCACCUACACCAGUGAUUCCAAUCGCUCCUCAGCACCCACUGAUCAUCUGCAAGACGGCUCUCCGUCCAUAAACUGCCCUGAGAGAGAAAAUCCUGACUGUCCAUCGAGGAGAGGAGACGGGGAAGACAGAGCAAGAGAUAAAACAAGAGGGAAAGAAAAGGAUCGGGAGACGGCGAUAUUAGAUGAUGGACAACCGUCAAGUCCGGGGGGUUUGAGGCGAGAGCACUCGUGUUGUGGUCGAGCAGGUGCAAAGUGUGGCGACGUGGGAUGGGAGAGAGGGCCCUGCCUUUCUAAUGGUCACUGUCUCGGACGUUGCAAUAGCAUUAAAAAUCAUCCAAAAAGUCAAACUCUGCCUGCUUUACCAUCCAAAUCUGUGUCCCCUCCUCUAAAUUCAGCUCAUAUGGAACUCUGCCAUCGCCAUAGUGCCCAUCCUUUACCAGAGUUACCAUGGGAACGUCCACCCCCACCCCCGCCACCACCCCUGUCCUGUCUCCACAGGCCGUACUACCCUUAUUCUACCCCUGAACAUGCACACCCACACAGCCACACCCUCCCAGCCUCAAACCGACUCUGCACCGGGGAGGAGUGUCACCUCUUCCAUUAUUCCAGCCACGGCCCAUCCGCUCAUCUCUCCCAUCAGUCACUGCCCUCCAGCCCUUACAGGGAAAUGUUCUUCAGCUCUCCAACAUCGUCCUCUGGUUGCCCCUGUUGGGACUGCUCCAGCAGGCGAGAGCACCAACCAUCCUCAGUCAGAACAUUCCACCCAUUGCACCCAGACCAAUCGGAGAACCCACACUGGUCCCAAGGUGCAGGGGCACAACGAACAAGAGAAGCGCCUCCGCUAUGGGAAAGUGAAAAUCCAUGGGAGGUGGCAAGAGAGGCCGAGUUCUGGCAGUGCAAAUCAGCUAUGCCUGCGUUUCGGGUGUGUCACUCCUCUUUGGAUCAGAGUCCAAACCCGGAGCAGCCUAGAUUUGCCCUCGCACCUCACCAGAGCUACCAUAGCCCCCAGUCUCUGGUGGAUGUGCGGGAUGGAGCCAGCAGUGGGUACCACACGCCUCCACAGCCCCGUCACUCCUGCCCCUGCUCUCCUUAUCAGUCCUCCCCGGCUGAGAGCCACGAGAGCCGGGGUUACGCGUCAGGAUACCACUCUGGGUCAGCCUCGCCUCUGCCUGCUGGUAGCCCUUCUUCUGGGAAAGGCAGGCUGCCCGAGACGCCCUCUAGAUGCAGAGAACAGCAGCAUGCUGAAGUGGAGAAUGCCAAAACUGAUGUGGACGAUGACAUAUCCCAGGGUUCAGAGAAUAAAUCAGACUCUAAUGGCCAGACAAGCACCCCUGGACUGGACUCUGAUCAUGACUACACACUUAUUGGUAGCAGCAGCCCAACACACACUGAAGACAGUGUUACUGCUGAUAGCCCUUCUCAAAGCCAAGAAACCUCCACACAGCUCGACUCCAGCACAAAUAGUAACAAAACUAUCACACCAGUACCGGCAGAAACACAAACCCAAACUUCCGGCAUAUCCAUAAACUCCGCACAAUCAUCAAGUGAGCUGAGUUUGAGUUCUGAUGGAAAGAUCGGCGCUGUCAGGAUCACAGGGAGUGCUGAAGGAUGUAAGCAAUCGCAUGCUUCAAAUUAUGCUGCUGUCAUCAUCACCCCGGUUCAAGUGCAACUCAAUGGUUCUGCCCUUCCCAGCGAUACCACAUCCAACAGCAGCAGAAGUGUAACCAUGAACCCUUCUGUUAGCCUCACUUCCAGCCCCUCCACCACUUCCCCAAAUUCUCCUAUUGGCUCUCCAGAUCGGCAGUCCUCUCACCAGUGCUCCCCAUUGGCUGCAGACACAGCAGGGCACAGACUGAUCCCAGACAGAGACAGCUCAGCCGACAACAAACCUCCAUCACCUGUGCCCGACGGCUAUCACACACCCACAUUUCCCUUAGCUUCCUAUUACUACCCAUUACUAAACGUCCCCCAUGUCCCAUACACGGGCUACACUGCAGUCACCAUCCCCGCCGUCCAGCCACCGCUCCCCGAGAAGAAACGCCUUUCCUCCACAGCAGGAUCCCUGAACGGACACAACUCUCUUCUCAGAAUCUCCUCAGCUCCUUCCCCCACACACCACGUUUCUUUCUCCCCUGCUACGGGAGAGCAGAGACGUGGGUCUACGCAGUCUAGCUACAGGGAGGAGGCAGACAUCAGGGUUAAUGCAAAGUUUGUCCAGGAUAGCUCCAAGUACUGGUACAAACCAGGCAUCUCGAGAGACCAAGCUAUAGCUGUGUUAAAGGACAAGGAACCGGGGACUUUCCUCAUCAGAGACAGUAACUCUUUCCAGGGGGCCUACGGUCUGGCCCUCAAAGUGGCCACCCCUCCUCCUAAUGCCAACAUCGCUGGAGGCAAAGGGGAUCCUCUGGAACAGCUGGUGAGACACUUCCUCAUCGAGACUGGGCCACGGGGAGUGAAGAUCAAGGGCUGUCAGAACGAGUCCUACUUCGGAAGUUUAUCUGCCCUGGUGUACCAGCAUUCAAUUACUCCCAUCUCUCUACCCUGUGCCCUCCGCAUCCCAGAAAAAGACCUUGUUGGGGAGCUUCAGGAGAUGCAGAGUGCAACAAACACCAGCACAGCAGCUGACCUCCUCAAACAAGGAGCAGCCUGCAAUGUGCUUUACCUGAACUCAGUGGAAACUGAAUCACUGACGGGGCCGGAGGCAGUUUCCAAGGCAACCAAGUGCACUUUGGCUCUGAGUCCGCGUCCAGUGGCAACGGUGGUCCACUUUAAAGUGUCCUCUCAGGGGAUUACUCUAACAGACAGCAAAAGAAGGCUAUUUUUUAGGAGACACUACCCAAUCAGCAGUGUCACAUUCAGCAGCCUUGACCCCCAAGACCAGAGGUGGACUAAUUCUGAUAGCACAUCAAGCAGGAUGUUUGGCUUUGUGGCCAGGCGGACAGGCAGUGCCACAGAAAACGUGUGUCACCUAUUCGCAGAGAUGGACCCCGAGCAGCCGGCUGUGGCCAUCGUCAACUUUAUUAACAAAGUCAUGCUGGGACCACAGCUACGUAGAUGAGAGAGCAGAAGAAUUUGAAAACUCUGGACUAUUGGGGAUGUGGGAGAGAUUCUGGCAUAAUUUUUUUUUUAAAGAAAUGUGUGUGUUACUACAUUUUUGCUUGCAUUCGUGCAGGUGGCAUGCCUGUGCUCGGCUGUAUGACUGUUUUUAUAUUUCUGACAGAUCACUGCUCCAAAGGACAAAGUAUUGUUAAUAUGUCAGCUUCCAGAGCAGUUACAGAGGAAUAGUUUGAUAAGCCAAAGACUGACCUACCUUUGGUAAACUUGCCAAAUGAGAUUCAAAUAAGAGUUUUUUUGUUGUUGUUGUUUUUGCUGAUGAAGUAAUUUUUUGUUUUUCUGUUACAAACUCUUCACAUGAUGUACAACAAAACUGCAUGACAAUCCAUUUACCACACUGUUAUUCUUAAAGUUUCUGUACACCAACAUUUAAAGCUCAAGAGACAAUGGUUCAGAAGGCCUUCACCAAUGUAGUAGAAUGUCAGAGUCAUGUUUCAAGGUGUAAAGUGGCUGCGAUUUUGCUCGCCACGCAGUGUUAGACAGAGUAAAGGAGGUGACUAAAUGUAAGAGGUUGUGUAUUUUGAAUAUCUGAGAAGAAAGUGUAAAUUCAAUCUUCACCAAUACUAUGAAAACCUAAGCUGAACCUACCUACAAUUUAAAACACAGACAGAUAGAUGACUGAAAAAAAAUGUUAUGUAUUUACACACUACAUAAGAAAGUAAAAGGGAGGUUAGCCUCACAACAGAAGUAACUCGUUUAAAAGAUCAAGGACAGGACUUGAAAAUUUACGAACUCUACAAUCUCCACAUUUCUAAUGUCAUUAUAAAAAGAACCAGUAGAGACCAGUCUCUCCAUAUUACUAUUUUAGAUUUGUUUAAUUUGCAUUACCUAUUUAACCAACCAAUAUCCACAGUAACAUGUAAUAUGUGUGAGUUAUGUUUCAGAGAGAAGUUUCACUUAAAGCCAAAGACUUCAUUAUUGUGUAAAGAUAUUCUCAUGGUUGAUUUUUUUUAUCAAUAUCUUUUCAUUGUUUGGCAUUUGUGUGUUUUUUAUAAACUGAGACAGUAUUUAGAUGACUUCAGCACAAUUAUUAUUUUUCAUAAUGGAUUUUUAUGUAAAAGAAGUAAUAUAUUUUAGGCCUCUGAGGUGGAUGACAAAGA